AACUAUAGAGUUUUUCGGUCCGCCCCCGUUUUCUUUCCCUCUCUGCCUCUCUCCUCUCUCCUCUUUUUCCGUUUCCUUCUUUAUUUUCCAAUGAAUUUUAGUUGAUUUGAUUAUAUUGGGAUUGCAAAUCGACAAACCCUUUCGUCCUCGGAUCAUUCAUACACGUUUUUGCCCCUUUCUAAUCCCCUUUUCAUCUCUCUCUCUCAGAAAAUCAUACCUUCCCUCUCUCGCUUUGUGAAUAUACUUCCUUCAUUAACCUUCUCUAGUUCUUCCUUUCUUUGAUUGUUCUAAACAGUACCAAGACGAUACCAGAGUCGAAGCAUCUACAAUUUAUUGUACAUGGACGAAUACCCUAGUAAAAGAGUUGCUGAUGGAUACACAUCCAGAAGGGGACCCAAUGCUGUUUUGAAAGAUACUGCAAAUAGCAGAGACCAAGAUGGUAAAUAUUGUAGCCGAAUUGGUUGCAGUGGCAGACUAAACUCUCCAAAGAGCACGCGGAGUAGCUAUUCAGAGAAACUUAAAUCUCCAUUACAGUCUUUUCGAACCUCUUCAAGUGGCAAAGAAAUAGCUGGAAGUUCCUCUAGGACAUACUAUGCUGUUCGAGGUUCCAAGAAAUCUGUAGCUGAAACUCAGAGAAAACUAUCCACCCAGUUAGAAAUAGACUCUUCAGAAACUAGUAGCACUCAGGAUGAUCCAGAGAUUUCACAAGUCAUCCCUUCAAACGAAAGGAUACGAACGGGACUUCAUGUUAGUCUUAAAAGUUCCGAUUCCAUUGAUGACGCAAUGAUGGAACCAGGAAGCUCCAGUGUCGCACCAAACACAAGAGGGCGAAGGGAUUUCAAUCAAAGAUCUGGAACGCGUAAUAAGGACACUCCAGCGAGUUCUUCUGUGUUGACAGGUUCUAAAAGUUCUCGCCCAACACCACGUGGUGGUGCAGGUAGGCAAACCUUGAGAAAUUUCAGAUGUAAUUCAAUAUCUGACGUCAUCUCAUCAGGUUGUUCUUCAUCAGAUCCAAAUCUUAGUAAACGGAAGGAUACAGAAAAAAAAAGGAAUCCUGAAGCAGAAAGUAGCUCUACAAAAGGAAAGAAAAUGAAUGGAUCAUCCUCGGAAAGAAGGAUUACUAGCUCUGGUUAUGGCGUUUCUAUAUCUGAUUCAAGAGGAGCCAAAAAUGGAACUUCUAACAGGGAUGGCAUUGCAUCAGGUCGUUCUAGGGCAUCAAUUAAUGGGACAUCAAGAGCAAGAUCACAUGGCAACAAACCUGACAGAAACACUACAUCUUUGCAUGAGUCGCAGUCCUUAAUCUCUCAGGUGUCGCAAGGCCAUCAACCCAACAGCUCUAUAGAUAAUAAUGCUCAUGAAGUCUCUACAGAGAUUUCAGACCACCCAAUUUCUUACAGAAGGUCAGAUAGUAUGAAUGAGAAUAUACUUAGUCAUAGACCUGCUAGUCCUGCAGACAUUGGAUUGGCUCGCUCUUUAACAACUCGAGAUAGCUUUCGGCACUAUGGUAUUGCUGAGGUAUUGUUGGCACUUGAAAGGAUUGAACACGAAGAAGAGCUAACAUAUGAGCAAGUAAUUCUUUUAGAGACCAACCUUUUCCUUAGUGGCUUAAACUUCUAUGAUCAGCAUAGAGACAUGAGGCUGGAUAUUGAUAACAUGUCGUAUGAGGAAUUACUCGCUCUAGAAGAGAGAAUGGGAACUGUGAGUACAGCAGUUACUGAGGAAGCAUUGUCACAAUGCUUGAAUAGAAGCACGUAUCAGUCUAGACAUGCAGAGGAUACAUCUGCCGGUGGCAGUGAGUAUGAGGAUGGUGUCAAAUGUUGUAUCUGCCAGGAGAGUACUCACAUGGAGAUGAAGUCGGGACGCUGCAGUGCGAGCAUACUUACCAUGAAGGGUGCAUAAACAAUGGCUGCGGCUGAAGAACUGGUGCCCCAUAUGCAAAGCAUCUGUGGAGGAACCUGCUUCGGCUUUGCCUUCAUAAUUCGUUUGAUUGUGUCCAAAAAAAAAAAAAAAAAAAAAAAAGGAGGAGGAGGAUUAAUCUUCUCCCCCCACCCAAGAUUUAUUGUACAUAGCAAUUCUGUUCUAUUUAAACCAACUUAAUAAGCACAGGCCGACCUUUGGCUUUGAAGUCCAAACUCAGUCUAAUUGGUGAAUGAUGAAAUCUCUCCACUUGUAAAAA